CUUUUUAAUGUCAACCUGCUCCUUCCCUAUCAGACAGGAGAGAUAGACCCAGAACGAAACGGCACAGCGUAGAGGUCACACGGAGACAGAGCCGCUCUGCACAAGCAUGGCUAGGCGGCCGAGACACAGUGUUUACAGCAGUGAUGAAGAUGAAGAUGACAUGGAGCUCUAUGAACAUGACUAUGAUGGUCCACUUGCCAAGGCUGGCAAACGCAAUCUAGGAAAAACACGCUGGACACGAGAAGAGGAUGAGAAGUUGAAGAAGUUAGUAGAGCACCAUGGAUCAGAGGACUGGAAACGUAUUGCUAGCUUUCUACCUAACCGUACGGAUGUCCAGUGUCAGCACCGCUGGCAGAAGGUUCUCAACCCGGAACUCAUCAAAGGACCCUGGACCAAGGAGGAGGAUCAGCGGGUCAUUGAGCUGGUACAGAAGUACGGUGCCAAGCGAUGGUCGGUGAUCGCCAAGCACCUGAAGGGCCGUAUCGGGAAGCAGUGCCGGGAGCGUUGGCACAACCACCUGAACCCCGAGGUGAAGAAGACCUCCUGGACAGAGGAGGAAGACCGCAUCAUCUACCAGGCCCACGAGAAGCUGGGCAACCGCUGGGCUGAGAUUGCCAAACUGCUGCCUGGCCGGACUGACAACGCCAUUAAGAACCACUGGAACUCUACGAUGCGAAGGAAAGUGGAACAGGAAGGUUACCUGCAGCACGCCGCCAAGUCUGGAAGCACCUCCCACUCUGUCGCCCCUGGUUACGGCAAAAGCAACCACCACAUCAUGAGUUACUCCCCCCUCCCAGCCCACUCCCCCCUCUCAGCCCACUCCCCCCUCCCAGGAAACUACUCCUUUAUUUCAGACCACAGGGUGAGGUCCUCCGCCUGUCUGUCACUUUUACUUAACAGGAAGCAAGUUAAUGUCCCCAGCGCCCGAUUAGCCGUUUGGGGUAGACACUAUCAGGAGGAGGACCCAGAGAAGGAGAAGCGGGUGAAGGAGAUUGAGCUGCUGCUCAUGUCAACGGAGAACGAGCUGAAAGGGCAGCCUGCGUUACCUCUCAUCCCGUACAAUGGCUGGGCAGGAAGUGACAGUUCAGAGGGCGUGGCCACAUCAUGUCAUCACCACCAGGCCGCCGCCCCCUGCCUCCCAGAGGAGAGUGCCUCGUCUUCACGCAACAACAACAACAACAACAACAACAGUAACCAUGGUAGCCACGGACUCUCCAACCUCCCGGAGUUCAUGGACUCAGUCAUCGACUCGACCUGCUCCUCAUUGAGUGAGCUCACAACCAGCCAGCUCAGCGAUAGGAGCUCGUCCAGAACGGACAGGGGCUCGCCCAAUCAGGGCUCAGGGACUGACAAUGCUGGGUUUUCAUUUGCCAGUUUCAUCUGUUCCACGCCAAAGCGUUCACCAGUCAGAAACCUGCAUUUCUCGCCCUCGCAGUUUCUCAACCAGUCAACAAGCCUGGAACACCCGGACCCUGACGGGCUGCCAAUCAGCUCUCAGAAACCCUUGGUGACCUCUCCUAAUCACAGAGACCACACCCCCCGACCCCAGAAAGAGAACGACCUGUUCAGGACUCCUUCUAUUCGUCGCUCCCUGCUGGAGUUGUCUCCUCGUACUCCGACUCCCUUCAGGUCCACCGUGGUGGAGUGCAUAAAACAGGAGCCCAUGGAGUGUUUGGUGUCCAGAUCUUCCUCUCCAGAACCGCCCUUGAAGAAGAUCAAACAGGAGGUGGAGUCUCCCUGCGAAAGGAGUCCCUGUCUGCAGUGGGAGGGGUCUGAUCUCCACACCCAACUAUUCUCUCCUUCCGGUCCCGCCCAGGAAGUACCUGAUCUACUUACUAGUUCUGGGCUGAGUGAAGACGGACACAAAGCCCACCACGCCCCCCUCCGGCCUCUGGGCAGCCCACUACAGGGGCUCAACAUAUGGGACCAAGUGACUUGUGGGAAGGUGGAGGACCAAGAGCAGAAUCACAAAUACAUCAACACUUACUCUGCCAGGACCUUAGUCAUGUAACACGCGCAGCCAACAAACACACAUGCAUUUAAAAAGAAGAGAAACACAAGAUGUGAACAUGUCAACCUGGUGUUACGGACAGCGUGUCGGGUUGCUCUGUAUGACCUCUGGUACAACAGUUGGGAGAAGCACGAUGCCACUGGCACACACACACACACACAGACAUACACACACACACACACACACACACACAGACAGACAUACACACACACA